GAUCAUAUUAUCCAAAAGAAGUUAUAAGCAAGGAUGAGUUGUGUUCGUUGUUGUUUGAUUAGCGCUGGUCGCUUAGCAUCUUCCAAUCAUAUAGCUAAUCAUGUUCAUAAAAUUGUGAGAGUAGCAGUGACAAGAUCGUUGACAAUUAGUAGUACUUUAGGAAAAGCACCUACAGAACCUACUCCACCUGGCAAAGAUAAUAACACCGGGGCAUCCUCUGUAGGUAACGGCGGAGGGAAAAAGAACACACUUACUUGUCCAAAAUGUGGAGAUCCUUGUACUCAUGUAGAAACCUUUGUAUCAUCCUCCAGAUUUGUAAAAUGCGAAAAAUGCCAUCAUUUCUUCCUUGUACUGUCAGAGAUCGAUUCGAAAAAAAGUCUCAAAGAAGCAUUAAGACCGGAUGAUACUAAACAAGGAUUCUAUAGGAAACCACCGCCGCCACCAAAGAAGAUUUUUGAGUACCUAAAUAAACACGUUGUGGGGCAAGAGUAUGCAAAAAAAGUAUUGAGCGUCGCCGUUUAUAAUCAUUACAAAAGAAUCUAUAAUAACUUGCCAGUGCAGAAUUCGAUGCAAGGAUCUACAAAUUCAACUGGUACACAAGAUCUGAAUCACCCCUUCACUCACAGAGGUCUUAAACCACACUUAUUGCAUAUUUCGACCAUUGGGAAUUCACUCGGUGUCGGAUUUCAACAGUUUCCCGCGGGAAAUGAGCAAAAAUCGCCUGGCAAUCAAUCGGUUCCUGGAUCGGAUAUAUUGGAUAGCAAGCAGCAUCAGUUAAAGUUAGAGAAAAGUAAUAUUUUGUUGCUUGGCCCAACCGGUAGUGGAAAGACGUUGCUCGCACAGACAAUAGCCCAAUGUCUGGAUGUACCUUUUGCUAUUUGUGACUGUACGACACUAACGCAAGCAGGUUACGUCGGCGAAGAUAUAGAAAGCGUUAUCGCAAAACUCCUCCAAGAUGCCAACUAUGUAGUGGACAGAGCACAAAUGGGUAUCGUAUUUUUAGACGAAGUUGAUAAAAUCGGUGCCGUUCCUGGCAUACAUCAGUUGCGAGACGUUGGCGGAGAAGGCGUUCAACAGGGGAUGUUAAAAAUGUUGGAGGGCACGAUUGUAAACGUGCCCGAAAGAAAUAGCUCGAGGAAACUACGCGGGGACACUUUGCAAGUUGAUACUACGAAUAUUUUAUUUGUUGCUUCCGGUGCUUACAAUGGAUUAGAUAGGUUAAUUUCACGGCGUAAAACCGAGAAAUACCUUGGAUUCGGUGCAACACCUUCUUCCGAGAGCCCGGGACGGAGAGCUGCUAGUCUAGCGGAUGUUGCGAAUAUGUCGCCUUCCACGGAAAAAGAUAACAAAGAGAAAGACUUUCUGCUACAACAGGUCGAAGCGAGAGAUUUAAUUGAUUUCGGUAUGAUACCCGAGUUCGUUGGCAGAUUUCCUGUCUUGGUACCUUUUCAUACUCUUGAUAGAGAUAUGUUGGUCAAAAUUCUAACCGAACCCCAAAAUGCCAUGGUACCUCAAUAUCAAAUGUUAUUUUCAAUGGAUAAGGUAGAAUUAACGUUCACCACAGACGCUUUACAUGCGAUAGCAACACUUGCAAUGGAAAAAAAAACGGGCGCAAGGGGACUUCGAGCUAUCAUGGAGUCGUUGCUGUUGGAACCUAUGUUUGAAGUGCCAGGUAGCGAUGUGAUGUCUGUUCAUGUAACUGAGGGUUGCGUACGGGGCAAUGAAAAACCACAGUACAUUAAACGAGGCGAUGCUACCGACGAGGAGUUACAAGCUCAACAUAUACACAAUUAACAAAUAAUUCAAGCAAAAGAUAAAUCUCAUAUUUGAUUUUUUCUUUUAAAAUGCGAAAUUACGCUUGGGAUAUCAUUCUGUAUAGAAUCGAUAUAUGAACAGAACACGAUUUUUUCGACGCAUGUCCUGCAAGAGACAAGAUUUUUUUUAUGUAAAAUCAAUGUAAACUGUUUGGAAGGAUCUUUGACGCUAUAUUGAUUUUUCAAAUAGAUGUGCGCGCGUAUACAUACAUAUACAUAGUACAUACAUAUACGUUCAUAUACGUUCCGAUCGAGGCAGUCUCCUGUUUCUUUUGCUUUGGAAGUUUCAUAUACAUAUAAAACUGAACAUUACAAAUUUUCAUACACAGUCUCUUAGAUUAAAUAUAUUUAGACUGCAUCUGGAACAAAAACGGAACAUUCGUGUCUUUUGCAAAUACUCAUAAUGAUUGUGUCGUAAAAGACAACGAAACCGAUAAUGCCUGAGCUUCAGAAUCACAAGCCUUAACAACAUAAUUAAGAUACGUCGGUAUCUCACCUGUUUUGUUUUCAACUUUUAAUUUAGGAGACGUAAUUUUUAGAGAAAUAUGAAACUUUAUGAAUGAAAUAUUUACGGUUAAAAAUCGAAGACGAUAUUAAUGCGCCUAUAGGUAA